UUGUCGUAGAGCAAUAUAGGCUGCUGGAUAGUUCAAAGACUGUAUGUAAUAGUAUAAUGUAUUGUUGCUUUGUGUAAACUAUGUUGUAUGCUUAUAAACAUGUAAAUGAUAAUGAUUAAUUGCCCCUCACUUGUCUAUAGUGGUUUGGUCUGGACCCUUCUGUUGCCACACCUGCCUGUAGCGUAGUGAUCUGUGUUUUUCUUUACGAGAUAGAACAAGUCAAGAACUGUAGUGUCUCUCUGAAAUGUCUUACCCUGGCUACCCUGGAGCACCUGCUGGAUACGGUGGAGGAUAUGGUGGUGCCCCUGGAGCCCCUGGUUAUGCAGGAUUUGCUGGUCAAGCGCAGGAUCCUCUCUAUCCUUAUUUUUCUGCAGUGGCAGGACAGGAUGGUCAAAUAGAUGCUGAUGAGCUCCAAAGAUGCCUUACCCAGUCAAACAUUUGUGGAAGCUACAAACCAUUCAACAUUGAGACUUGCAGACUGAUGAUCAGCAUGUUGGAUAGGGAUUGUUCUUGUAAAAUGGGCUUCAAUGAAUUCAAGGAGUUAUGGGCUGUUUUAAGUGCCUGGAAACAGCACUUCAUGACUAUGGACAAGGAUAGGAGUGGCACAGUAGAUCCUGAAGAAAUGAGGCAGUCAAUCGCUAGCAUGGGUUACCAUAUAAAUCCCAGUGCUCUGGUUGUAAUCCUAAAGCGAUUUAGCACCCAUGGGAUGAUUGCUUUUGAUGACUAUGUGGCUUGUUGUAUAAAGCUUAGGACCCUGACUGAUGCUUUUAGAAGAAGGGAUCAGAGUCAACAGGGUGUGGCCAGCUUUGCAUACGAUGAUUUUAUCCAGUGUAUAAUGAGUAUCUGAGCAGUCCGAAGACAUCAACAAUGACACUCGUCCUUUUUUUUUUCCCACAUUCCAUGUUUAUAAAUGCAGCAUUAUUACUUCAUACUGAGUAACAGGUGUGCAUGUACUUUACAUUUUGUGUUUUUUUCUAAUGACAAAUGUAUUUUUUUUUUCUUACAUAAACCAUUAUUUUACUGAAGUACUAAAAAAUCAUUUUACCUGUGAAUUUAAAACAAUUUACUGUUAAAUAGUUAUAAUUUAAAUACUCUGUAACAACAAUUAAACUGGAUUAACAAUGUAAUGACAUGGUGACUAAUUCCAGGUUUAAACGUGAUGCUUCCAGCACUACAGUAACACUUGAGCUCAAGUACAAUUUUAAAGUAUCUUCAUAAACGCCUACCAGAAUAUAACAAUAUGUAUACACUCAUAACUAUUAGUUAUAUAAAUAUACGCUAUACAAUAUAUUAACUUUACAAGGAUAUAAAUCUCCAAAUUCAUCAAAUCUCAGACUACAGUGCUUGACAUAACUAAUCCUUAUGAAAUGCCUGUUAAAAGAAUGUAAUCUGGCUGAGAUUGCACCAUAAAUUUAAUUUGGUAAUGUUCUCUUUUUAAUGUCCUGUACUUGCAUUUCUACAGUACACACAGUUUUUGGCUAUAGAUAGGAUAACAUACUUAAACAUUUCUGGAAAGCAUGAGG